AUGCUCCACACGGCUGUGGCGCCGUUGUUGCCGGCCUCGGUGGUGACGCACACCGUUUCUGGUUAUUUUCUCCCCGACUCGUUUGCGGCGCAGAAGGAGAAAGAGGUGGUGGCCAUUCGACAGAAUCACCUCACCUUGUAUCGCGUAAAGCGCACGCCUCAUGCCUGCACUGCUGCAGGACUGCCGCCAGAGGAGCAGCUCGGUCAGGUGGCGGAGGUUUCUCUGCACGCGCCGCCGCUGGGGUCCGCAGUAUGCCGCCCCCUCCGGACUACCUCGGACGUCUUAGUACUUCUUUUCGGUGACUUCCACGUAUCCUUCCUGCAAUACAACCCGGUCACAGUUCAGUUCGACACGGUGGCUCUCGUGCAGUUGGAUGACCGUCAGCUGUGCCUCGACCGGUGCCCGCUCAGCGCGAUGCUGCGGGUGGACGAGACAGGGAUGUACGUUGCCGUGCUAGCCAAACGGAGCGACCUCUUCUUCUUCCCGGUCGUGGAGAUGAUAGAUCAGCAGGCGAUGGCUCAGGUGCAGGAGGAAAAUGCUGCCGCGAAUGCUUGGAACUCGGACAUGCACUCCGCUGCCUUCGCGGGCAACGAGGAGGCUGCUGUGACGAAGACCUCUGGUGCGGUGACGGCAGCAGCCCCGAAGCCAACAGUGGCACUCAAUGCUUGGGGAGACGAGGAUGACGACGACGACGACGAAGCGCCAAACGCGCGCAACCAGCUGGAGGCCGCGAAGAGCGAGCAGUCCGUUUCUGAAACAACAAUGACAGAGGACAAUAGCGCUGUGGCGUUCGGAGCAGCCUCUGCAGCGCCUGGAACGGCGUCGUCGCAGAAGGUGACACAGGGCGGUGGCACCUCGUUGUUGCUGCGUGUCGGCACAGUGACGCACUGGCGUCUGCAAGAUGUGAAGAGUGCGCUGCGCAACAUCCGCGACGUCCAGUUCGUCCAGUCGGCUGGCGAGCCCUUGCUGGCGUUUCUGUUUGAGAAGCAGCCGACGUGGGCAGGCCGAGUGAAGCUGCUGGAGUGGCGCAGCAAGACGGUAGAGUCGCAUAUGCUAACCUGCUCGAUCGAGUGGAUGAAAGUGACACUGGCGAACUCCGCGACGCCGCACAUGCUCUCUCUCAGCGAGGUGGACGGACUGCCGUACGACGUGACGAGCAUGACACCGCUUCCGGCCUUCCAGGAUCUACCGUCUGCCGUGUUUUGCGUGAGCCGCAACAUGAUGGUGCACGUUAGCACAAAGAGCGGCUACGGUGUGUACGUGAACGCCACCGGUGAGGAGCAGGCGCGCAGUUUGAAGUCUUCAGCGGUGAGUUUGGAGGCGGUGCAGUGGCGUAGCGCGUCUCAGGCAUUGUCUACCGACCUUGUGAAGGUGAACCUGAACUUUGCGAACGCCACGUCUGUGCUCGUCUCGCAGCCGGCAACGACGCAGAGAGCGCCGGUGGUGGCUGCUGGUGCUGCUGCAACUGGAGAUGGUCACAGCCAGCGGCUGCUGGUCGUAACAGAGGAAGAGGGGACCGUCGUGGACGUGCACUUGCAGAGCCACGGCUACACGGUGGGUAGCAUCAGUGCGGAAAUUGUCAUGACCGGCUGCUUCGGCUCCUCGUACGCGUCCAUCGACGCCACACGGUUCUUUCUCGGUGCCCUGAACGGUGACUCUCGUUUCAUUGCCAGUACCCCGCACGACCCGUGCAAGGUGGUGCAGAAGUUUCUCGGCAUCGGACCCGUGCGGGACGUCGACAUUGUGGACACCACCACCACCUCCGCGGGGACGCAGGAGGACACACUGGAUGCGUCCAUUGAGGCCUCCCCCUACGCAGACCUCUUCCGCAGCGUGGAGCUCGAAGCGUUGCCGACCAUGACGGCAGCGCAGCGAAAGGCGGUGAUGGACAUUGCUCUGUGCUCCGGCAGCGGUUUGGCGGGAAGUCUCUCCAUCUUGCGGCGAUCAAUCCGGAGCCGUGUGGUGCGGCAGGAGGAGCUGAACGCCAUCUCCGUCUUCUUUUUGGAGCCCACCAACGCCGAUGCGCGCAAGCGACCGCGAGACCGCGGCAACGAAGGAGGGAGGGGAGAUGCGCCCCCCGCGUCGACGGUCGGCGCCGGCGCAGCGCCGCACCCACACCUGCUCAUCAGCGGCUCGAACUUUUCCAUUCUGUUUGCGGUGCGCAGCGACUCGGUGCAGCAGGUUCGCGGGGCUGCUCUUAGUAUGGCGGCACGCACCGUGUACGCUGUGCAUCUGGACUGGAUGCCAGGGCUGCUGCAGGUAACGGAGACGGAGCUGCGACUUCUGUCCGCCGACGGCAAGCGCCGGCUGUCAAGCACCGAGUUCCUCACGUUACCGGCGAUACAGCGAGCCAGCAGCCAGGGCGCCGCGGCGAACGUGGCCCUAUCUGCCCUGUUGGUCGCGGAAAUGCGCUGUGCCCUUGUCCGCUUCACAGAUGGACAGCUGCUUUCGUUCCGCCUGGUAGAUGCCAAGACGAUGUCCACGGCGACCCUGCUCCUAGAGAGGGUGACGGCCGUCGCGUGGUGGGGGUCGGCAGCGAGGCACCCACAGCAAUGUCAGCACACGCUGGUGGUUGUGCAAAACAUGGACCUCGUUUUGUACACGCUGCCGUCGCCGCAAGCGGUGCAGCAGGCGUCCAUUUUCCCGAACUUUGCUCUCAUGCCGCCCUUUGCGAUGGAGGGGGUCGAGACACCGGUGGUGAAGCUGCGUGAGCGGCUGAAUGCAGAGCCGCUGCCGAGUGUCACGCAUCUCGCCGUCUUUGAUCAGCACGAAGACCCCGCCGUGUCAGCUGCGCCGACGGAGGCGACUCUCGUGAUGAUUCUGUCAUCCGGGGAGCUAGUGACGUACCGGGUUGUCCCUGCUGAUGCCAACGGUCCACGGAGGUGCGUGAAGGUGAUUUACCACAUCCUUGACGUCGCGCCGGAGGUGGAUGUGAUGGAGUCGAUCAAGGCCCGCAAGAAGCGGCUGCAGGAAGAGCGGGCGCACCUGGCGAGUGUCACGCAGCAAAUGCGCCACUGCAGCGAACGGCUGGUGCCAUUCCGUGGCCUCCAGGACAGGUACAAGGGCAUCUACGUCUGCGGCCAGACGCCGGUGUUCCUCGUGUACCAUGCUGCCACAAAUCAGCUUGUCUGCACCCGGCAUCACGCCACGAACGCGGUGCGCGGCUUCGCGCCGUUCCACUCGCGGCAUGUGCAUGGCGGCUUCGUCUACUGCGGCGAGGGCUUCGUGCACUUUGCGACCAUGCAACCCUUCGGCGAGCUGCUUGGCUGCAGCGGGUGGUGGCUUGAGCGGGUGCGGCUUGGGUGCACGCCCCACCAGGUCAUCUACUCCCCCGCAGCGCACGGGUGCUUUGUCGUGGCGUCGCGACCGCAGCCGUUUUCCCCGAAGAGGGCGCCGUUUGACGUGCAGCUGCGCAUGGUCGAAGACGAGGAGGGUAAUCGCGUGCCGCACGUGAUAGAGCCCGUCUCGCUACCGCCCCUGUCCGCCACUUCCGGCUCACCCGUGCCAACGAAUGAGCGCUAUGAGGUGCAGUUCUUCUCGACGCUGAAUUGGCAGUGCAUGGGUCGCCUUGUGCUGGACGGGAAUGAGAAGGUGCUCUCCGCGACGCUGAUGCAAGUGACCCGUGACACAACAAUGGACGCGGCGAACCGGUCCACCACGGCGCCGGUGUGUGCACUGGCAACGGCGUACCCGCUGGGCGAGGAUGUCACGACCCGCGGACGCAUCUUGCUGCUGACGACGUCGCAGCAGAGUGGCCAAGGGAUGCAGCAGCUGCGCACCUUACACGAGGAGCCAAUGGAGGGCCCCGUCACCGCCAUCACGAGGGUGGGCGAGGAUUGCGUCGCGGUUGCCGUGGGCGGCACCGUGCGUGUGUACCGCUACGACGCGAACAAGAGCACCAUGGAGACGAUGGCGAUCUUGUACGCCGGGGCCUACGUAACGUGCUUGCAAGCAUUUCGCGAGUACCUCGUCAUCGGGGACUUGUUCAACUCCGUCCUCUUCGCCCGCUACAGCGAAGAAAUCCACACCAUCACGAUCCUUGGGCGGGACACGAGCGCCAUCUCGGUCGUUUCGAAUGACAUGCUGUACCACGACACCCGCUUCGGCCUCCUCGUCACGGACGACGCGCGCAAUCUCAUGUGCAUGAGCUACAAGCCGCGCGUACUGGAGGAGCACGGCAAGCCGCCCAAGGUACUGGAGUCGCUUCUGACUGUCACUGGCGAGUACCGACUGGCGGGCGGCGUGCUACUCAAGAUGAUGCGGCUCCGUGCCGCCUCGGCGCGCUCCAGCAGCGUCGCUAUCUACGUCACCAACAUGGGUGAGAUCGGCUACCUGGUGCCGCUCGGGGAUCAGACGAGUCGAACUGGACAAUGGGUAGUGCGCCGCUUGCAGAGUGAGGUGGCGCACGCUGGCGGCCUGCCGCCGCGCAUGUUCCUUGGCUUUCCGCAGGACGAUCCGCUGCGCUCCCUCAAAGGUGAAGAGUGGAUGCUGCAUUUCCCCCUGUUGGAACAACUGUACCGCCAAGACCUGCGCACGCGCAAGCUGGUUGCUUCAGCAGCCCAAACUCAGCUAGAGCGCGUCAUGAACGUCGGUGCCACCGUCUCGGCGGAGCUCGGGCAUAUUUGA